GUACUAUUCAGGAAACUAAUUCUCAAAGAUAUUACCACUUUGAUGCUGAUACCCAGAGCUGACGAAUGGGGUAUAAAUAAAAGCUACUGGUCAUAAGCAAGUGGCAAAAAGGUGUGCGAGACUCAUAUAAUUUUAUCAUAUUGAGCGCGGGUUUUCAUUUACAGUUCUUCAAGAAACAAAAUGGCUGAAAUUUCAUGUCCUGCCCCCUCCAAAGCUCAAUGGUACUCUCAUCUUGGUGAUGCAUAUAUUCCAUACCUACAGCUUAUGCGUCUGGAUCGUCCUAAUGGCUACUGGUACUUCUGGUAUCCUCAUGCUUACGGAACCCUCUGGGCUGCUAUACAGCAGCGCUCCUCUCUUCAAGACCUCCUUCUUGUCAACUUGAUCUUAAUCUGGGGAAAUGUUAUUAUGCGAGGCGCAACGUGCACAUGGAACGACACCGUCGACAUUGACUUCGACCGAAAGGUCUCAAGGUGCCGUAACAGACCGCUGGCACGCGGAGCCAUUUCGAUCUCACAAGCCAACCUCUUCACAGCUGCGCAGACCCUUGCUUCUCUCGCCACACUGGCGUUGCUUCCUCCACUCUGUUUCAUCUAUGCUGUCCCGCCAGUGGUAGGCUGGUUCUGCUACCCGCUCACCAAGCGUGUCACCUACUAUCCUCAGGCUGUGCUAGGAUUCCCCAUGGCCUGGGGUGUCUAUAUAGGGGCCGCUUCAAUGGGUGCGGACCCAUUGCACUUUUCACCCCUUCUUGAUGCAUUGAUGGCUGCGUUAGGACGAGAGCCUACAGAAAGGUCCGGAUUGUCUCCCGUUUUUGAGGCCCUGCUAGAGGUGCAAAUCGACUGGCCUAUCGCUGUUUUUUACGCAGCCAACGUGGUCUGGACGCUGCUGUACGAGAUCGUGUAUUCGCAUCAAGAUGCCACUGAAGACAUAGCGGCUGGUGUCAAGAAUCUGGUCUUGCUGUAUGUCAACCCUGAUGCUACAAUACCGGAGGAGCGCUUUGGCACAAUGCCGCUGCUAUGUCGACUCGCAUUCACUCAGGUUCUGUUAUUAGCCACGGCUGGCACGUUAGGUGGCUUUGGUUUUAGUUACAGCACUUUGGCUGUUGCGGGGACUGCAGCGACGUUGGCAACCAUGCUCAGCCGCGUGCGCCUAGGAGACCCUGAGUCUUGCGCCUGGUGGUUUAAAGUGGGAAAUCCCCAGUAUGCUGGAAUGGCGAUGUUGUCCGGACUAUCAGCUGAGUAUUUGGUGCGUGUUUUGCAAAAGUGAAGCUGUGUUUGCGGUUGAUUACUCGGACAAAUUUUCUUCAACUCAGAACUAGACCAUUAUAAAAUUUUGCUCUCAGUCCCAUUCUUAGCUUUUUUUCUGAUGUAUCACUUCAGUUGAAUGGUGGACACCACCAAAUCAUGUAGCUAAUGUAUUCAUCGAGUAGAAAUGUAGGGUUGUCUUUUUAAAACCAUCCAUUUCA